AUGGCUAUAAUGUAUAUACUUGAAAAAGAAUUCGACAGUAUUGAUAAAAAUUCUGAUGGAUUUCUAAGUAGAGCUGAAAUUGUUAGCUGUUUGGAAAGUUUUGGUUUUCCUAAAAGUAAAGCUGAAGAAGUUAUCAAACUGUAUGAUGAAAAUAAAGAUGGGAAAAUAUCUAAAAAUGAAUUCAUGAAAGCUACAAAUAAAAAACUUUCACAAUCUGAUGUAUCAUGUGCUGCAUUAAGGAAAAUAUUUCGUGAAAUGGAUCGAAAUAAAGAUGGAACUAUUUCAAAAGAAGAAAUAAAAAAUUAUAUGAAAAAUGAUUGUAAUUUUAUAUUUCCUAUACAAGUUGAACAAUGGGUUGAUAAAUAUGAUAAAAAUAAAGAUGAAAGGUUAAAUUAUGAAGAAUUUAUUGGAUUUGUUUCAGAAUAUUUGUAA